UGAAAACACUCCACAGGAAGCGUUUCUGUGCUGUUCUCGGUUUCAGAAGCAAAAGGGAGGAAGAAAGAAGAUGGAGCCGCAGAUGACCUGGACCCAGGAAGAGACUCGGGCACUGCUGGGCGUGUGGUCAGAGGAGAAAAUCCAGAGAGACCUGAAGGAGUCCUUCAGAAAUGAGAACGUUUACAGGGAAGUGUCGGGCAGGCUGGCCACCAUGGGGAUGAACCGCUCUGCAAAACAGUGCAGGGAGAAGAUAAAGAAGCUCAAACAGGAAUACAGGAGGACAACACAGCACAGCGAGAGAAGUGGAGCCGUCAGAAGGUCCUUCAGGUGGUACGACACCAUGGACGCCAUCAUGAACGACAAACCUGCUGCGACAGGCGACACACACGAGUCGGCCGCUAUAAUGCUCGAAUUCAUGAUUUCAGAUGUGGAGACAGAUUCACCCACUAUGACAGACUUUCCUGAAAGCUGCACUACAUCAGGCCAUGUUCUACCAUUUACUGUGCCUGAUCCAACACCUGGUUCCAUGGAGAACCCACAAGUACCUGAUUUCUACUCUGUUCAACUAGAAGACUGUGAUGGUCCCUCUACAAGCUCCGCAGUGACCUCCACGGAAGUGCAAACACUGAUCAAAGGCAAGUAGUCAGCCAGCCACGUAGGGAGGAUGAAAGGUAUGUAAGUUAUAGACAAGGUGGCUCAUACUGUCAAAUUUUCUAAGUAGCCUCGAUAUAAAAAACUAUUAAACAUUACUAGUAGUCUCUUUAUAUGGUCUGAAAGGUGCUUUUAUUUCAAGAACACAAGCAUUACUAGUAGUGAAAUCUAAAGCAUGGCAGUCUCUCAAAAGCAAUUAAUGAAGUCUUUAGAUAAAUGCAUAAUUCAGUGUUUUUCUUGGCUCAGAAACGGCCAUGGCAGUAAGCAUGAUGAGUCUGCCUACAGCAAAGGCAAUGAGUCUGUGUUACCACAUCUGACAGAAAUCUAUGCCUUUUCCUUUAUCUGGCCAUUAGAUAAACUAAAAUUUGAGAACCAAAUUAACAAACUGGUUAAAACAUUGAAUUAUUAUUUUUUAUUGUUGAUUCUUAUCAAUUUAGUGCUUUUGAUUGUCAUUUAACUCUAGCUAAAGCCUCUUGGGGGGGACGCCAAUGUUCAUUUUCAGAGUCUGACAGCUUUACCAUUAGCAUGGAUAUCUCUGUCUUCACAUUUUGUCAUCUCUUUACAAACACGGAUGAAGUGAAGCGUGAUAUCAGAGUUGGUAGGUCCAAAUGUUCAGAUAUUUGGAUAUUCGGGUCCUGCCCUAGUUUAGACUUGAUUUUUGAUGAAGAACUAUUUUUGAUUUUUGAGUGCCAAACUUCUGCCCUUAAUUACAAAAAUAUUUUGGGUAUUUAUGAAUCAGUUUAGACUUGUACAAGAUAAGAAUGCAGGUUCAUAUAUCUAAACUUUUUCUACAUUUGUCCCUAAGAGAAGGUGCUCUAAACUGCUAGUAAAACAUCAUGUUUAACGUUAAUUAACUUCACUCAAGUAAGCUUUUCAAAUGUACUUUUUAAUGAACCCAGCAAACAAGUCCUCUGCGGAGGAGGCAGAGCCUCAAGACUCGGGGAAAUCUUGAGCUUUGGCUAGUGACCAAAUGAACAAGAUUGCAGAUACAAGCAGCUGAAAUGAGCUUCCUCCGUAGGGUGGCUGGGCUCAGCCUUAGAGAUAGGGUGAGACGCUCAGACACCCGGAGGGAGCUCGGAGUAGAGCUGCUGCUCCUUCACGUUGAAAGGAGCCAGUUGAGGUGGUUUGGACGUCUGAUUCGAAUGCCUCAGGGGAGGCUUGCCUUGGAGGCUUUCCGAACACGUCCGCCUGGGAGGAGACCCCAGGGCAGACCCAGAACUUGUCGGAGGGAUUAUAUAUCAUCUGGUCUGGGAACGCCUCAGGAUCCACCAGGAAGAGCUGGAAAGCGCUGCUACGGGGAGGGACAUCUGGAAUGACCUGCUUUGUCUGCUGCCUCCGCGACCUGGCCCCAGAUAAGUGGAAGAAAAUGGAUGGAUGGAUGGAUGGAUGGAUGGAUGGAUGGACUUUUUAAUGUGUUAUAUUGACUUGAUAAAUUAUGUUGUGUUUCUUUCACAGAUACACCCUUGUGUUGUUGGUCAAAUACAGAGGUCCAGGCAUUGUUGACGCUUUGGGCAAAUCCUGCAGUUCAACAAGAGCUUCUCCUAAACGUGAGAAAUAACAGAGUUUACACUUACCUCAGUGCCAAACUCACAUCACUUGGAUUCAACAAGGCACCAAAGAAGUGUAGGGAGAAAAUCAAAAAACUGAAGCAGGAGUACAAGAGGAUCAAGAACGGUCAUCACAUGGGUGGGAGUAGCAGUGUCUGGUUUUCCAUUAUGGAUGAAGUCCUCAGUUCCCAGACUGCAGCAGUGAAACAUUCAGAAACAGCAGAUCCUUCCUCCACAGAGUCCUCUCUACCCACUCAGUCAGUUCUCUUGGAUGUCAACACGGAUGAUGAAUCCCUGUGGCUGCCAGAUGAAAUCCAAGUGCUGAUGACCCUCUGGGCACAACCCAACAUUCAGAAACAGCUUCUCACCUCAGCAGCCAACAAUGAAGUUUUCACAUAUCUCAGCACUGAACUGGCUUUGGUGGGAUUUACCAAGACGUCACAUCAGUGCAGUCUGAAAGUGAAUAACCUUAAAGAGGAGUACAAAAGAAUCAAACAAUUGGGACUAUCUGGGGAUGUUAAAGGUGACUGGUUUAUUAUUUUGGAUAGUGUCCUCUGCCCUGAUGGAGAGAAGUUGAAAGAGAAGGAUUCAUCUAUGGUGCUAACAGAACCUAAAUCACCAGCUGACAAGCGUGUGAAUGAGCAAGCUGUUUGGACAUCAGAUGAAGUGAAACUGCUGCUCACUAGAUGGGCAGAAGAGAGCGUCCAGCAGCAGCUCAGAUCCACUAAGAGAAAUGAGAGAGUGUUCGCUCAGCUGAGCUCAGAACUGGCCACUCAGGGCUUCGAUAAGACCACCAGCCAGUGCAGGUCAAAAAUACAACUGCUGAAACAAAAGUACAAAAGGAUUAAGGAGCAGAAGGACUCUAAAAAGCAACAAAGCAGAUGGUUUGUAAUCAUGGAUAAAGUCCUUGGCAGCUGCAAGUCAGAGGUUGUAGCAGCUGAAGGCACAGAUCUGGAGCAUCCAUCUCUGCAGGCAUCACAGCAACACAUACCUGAAACAGCAGAAGGUUGCCAUUUGUCCAUCUCCUCAUUGUGUCUUCUGGUUCCACACCUGCGUCUGAUGAGUGCCUUUGCCUGGCAGGUGGUCCAGUGUCGUAAUGUGGUACAUUAUGGAAAGGUGGAGGAGCUGGUGAGGUUGGUGACGGAGUUAGUUCCAGAGCUUCUGACUCCCAGAGAGAAAGUACAGCUCCUGCUCAGACUACGAGCAAGGCUUGUGCUGGAGUUGUGUCUCAAUGAGAGCACAGCCAACCUGCUGAAUAUCCAGCCCCACCUGAAGGUCAUUGAAGACCUCACAAUAAGCUGCAGCUCUGAUCAGGAGGAGUUGGAGGAGUUGGAAAAAUCAAAGUCGAACUUUAGGGAGGUUGUUCAUACUUUGCUGGAGGACACGGAUAAGAGAAAGACGUUUUUCAAGGAAGUCUUUCCCAUCCACUAUGGCCAAGAAUAUGAAGUCACAUUGCACACAUUGGUGUGGAAAUUUAUCUCCAGACUGGACAAUCUGUUGCCUAUCCCUGAUAUUAAGCAGACUGCAGAGUGGCUCAGCACCAGUCCCUCUAUUAUGGAGGAAUGUGAACGGCUUGUUUUGGAACCAAAUCAGCUGAAGGCGCUACUUCACUUCCAUCAGCAACAGUCAGGAAACACAAACCAAUGCUUCUCUCAAGCACAGAAUAUGUUUUUGCCUACACUGUCUCUUCACUCCAAAGCAAACUGGAAGCAGCUUGCUUCAGAGCAACAGGAAAUGUUAACAGAUGAUGAAGAGCAGUUUGAUUACAGUGAAGAUGAAGAGCCAGUGGAGGAAAACCAACAUGACAAUGAAUCAACUGUGGAGGACUGUAGUAAAGGAAAUGAAGACCUGACAUUAAAAGAUGAACAAAGGAAUGGCAUGAUGACUGCAACUGCCCCAAAUUUAAAUCAUGCCUCUGUACACCUUCAGACCUGCUCACUGUGUCCGUACUCUGACAACAAAGUGUCAGAACUUCUGAACCACAUCAGAAAGGAGCAUCUGAUCCAGGAGCCUACCGGUCUUUUCUCUGCAGAACCUGGAGAAGACGUCCUUCAGAAAGUCAACUCUCAGAUGCUCAAGAGCAAAACGAACACUUGUGAGUAUUGUGGGAAAAUCUUUGAGGAUGUGGCAACACUGAAAACACACAUUAAAACACACAUUCCGCCAUACCACUGCGACAAGUGUGACAAGAAAUACUUCUCCAAGAAUUCGCUGAUUGUGCACCAGCGGAUUCACACGGGCGAGAUUCCAUAUUUGUGUUCACACUGCGGCCGCGGCUUCAGGUCUUCACAUAUGCUCCAGCUGCACGUUCGUACACACACUGGAGACCGGCGCUACACAUGUCACAUUUGUGGGAAGACUUCAGUCCAGCAUCUGGCAAGACACAUGCGCAUGCACAGAGGAGAAAAGAACUAUCUGUGUUCUGAAUGUGGGAAGACUUUUCUCUCCUCUGGGGAGUUAAGGCUGCACACAAGGUACCACACUGGUGAGCGACCUUACACAUGCAAACACUGUGGGAAAAGUUUCAUCGCAAAGUGCCAACUGACGGUUCACACACGCCGACAUACAGGAGAGAGUCCGUACAGGUGUUCGCUGUGUCCAAAAUCCUUUUGCACUUUGAGAGCACAGAAAAAGCACAUGAUGAUUCACUCGAACCAAAAGUCUUUUCAGUGUUUAAAGUGUGGUAAAAUAUUCAGGCAAGAGGAAACUUUUAAAAUGCAUAGUGAGACUCACGAAUGAUUAAAUGUGAAACUAAUUUAAAGUCAUUCAGCAAUUGGAUUCAAAAAAUUCCCAUCCAGUGACUACUGACUCUGAUCAUUUCUGCCCUGCACCUUCUUCAUCUGUAUAUAAUUUUCUCUGCAAUUUUUGCACUGUGUUUUUUCUUAUAUAUUCUUUCACUGCCUUUAUACUUUUAUACUUUUUCUUUUGGAGCUGCUGUAACCGUGAACUUUCCCCACUGUGGGAUCAAUAAAGUUUUUCUUUAUCCUUCAUGAGGUCAAGGUAAAAAUAUAUUUGCUAAAUAAAAGCACAGCAACUCCACUGAAGAGGCUGUUAUAAGCUUUUCUGUUUUUUCUAUUUUAUUUGGUGUGUUGUAGCUUUUUUGUGAAUGUAAAAUGUCUACAAAAUUACAAAGCCAAAGUCACACUAGAAGGAGUUAUUCUCUCCAACAUAAAACACUGCUCCAAUCCAGGCCUUCCUUCUUUUUCUUUUUUGUCAUCAUGUAACAUAUUUGCCUAACACCUGCCUAACGGCUAGUUUGGCAAACAAAAAUAAGUAGCUUCCUCUUAUUCCACCGUCAUUUCCUUCUCAGGUCCUAGACUCAUCAGUCAGUUUGAUAGUCCAUGACCUGCAUGAAGUCACUUUUUGGGUUUAUUUCCACGGGUUUUGGGAUAAUUGUCAUCGAGAGCUCAGAAUGUUGCAAAGCGUUGGGGUUUAAAGCUGAGGGAAGAAAGGUCGGGAUAAAAUGUAGUCAAGUCGAUUGAGAAAUGGGCAGGACACCUCUGGACCAGAACAUAUUUUCUCAAAGUGUUACAAAAUUGUUUGUUCAUAUUUCAUGAUGUGGUAACAAACUAAACGUUGCACUGAGUGAUUUACUUUUAUACUGAAAUAAAUACAUUUCAUAUUGUUUUUAAA